UCAAGGCAAAGUGUGAUGGGAGUUGUGUAAUAUCAAUGCAUAAUUGGUCUUCUUGUUCCUUGUUGAAACAUCCAAAGGCUUAACCGCUGUUUUCCUUGUUUUUAUUAUAUACUAAUUGCUUUUAUUAAAAAGUUGUCUUUUUCUUUAUUGUUGAAAUAUCCAAAGCUUCCCUCUUCUCCGCCCACCAUUUAUUUUGAUAUUUGAUUCUUUGACAUUUUUGGGUGUUUUUUAUUUUCUGUUUUCAGUUAACCAUUUGAUUGAAGAACUUGGGAAACAAGUAUUUCUUGCCUAUUCCUCUGUCAUCUCAUCUGGGUCUUUUUGAUUAAAUUGAGGAAAUUCAGUGGGAACCGGUCAUGGAGGGCAAAUGUGCAAUCAAGAAAGAUGUUACUGAAUUAAUAGGUAAUACCCCUAUGGUAUAUCUGAACCAUAUCGUCGAUGGCUGCGGUGCUCGAAUUGCUGCCAAGCUCGAGCUGAUGGAACCUUGCUCCAGUGUUAAAGACAGGAUUGCAUACAGUAUGAUUAAAGAUGCAGAAGAUAAGGGCUUGAUUACACCAGGGAAGAGUAUCCUUAUCGAGCCUACCAGUGGUAAUACCGGCAUUGGAUUGGCUUUCAUUGGAGCAGCUAGGGGUUAUAGAGUUAUUGUCACUAUGCCAGCUUCUGUGAGCAUUGAGAGGAGAAUCGUUCUUCGAGCUUUUGGAGCUGAAGUAUGCCUCACAAACCCAGCCAAGGGCUUUAAGGGGGCAUUAGACAAGGCUGACGAGAUACUGAAGAACACACCUAACGGUUACAUGCUACGGCAAUUCGCAAACCCUGCCAAUCCUCAGAUUCAUUACGAAACCACCGGUCCAGAGAUAUGGAAAGACUCGGAAGGGAAAGUUGAUGUACUGGUUGCAGGCAUAGGGACUGGUGGUACAGUAACAGGUGCAGGGAGAUUCCUCAAAGAGAAAAACUCAGAGAUCAAGUAUCUGGUACUUGACUAUUUCCUUCAUUGCAUUGCCUGUGUGAUGCAUGUCAAAGGCUCUCAUCUGAUCCAAGGAAUUGGUGCUGGUAUCAUCCCUGAUGUUUUGGAUGUUGGCCUCCUUGAUGAAGUUGUCCAGGUAUCUAGUGAAGAAGCCAUUCAAACUGCUAAACAGAUAGCCUUGAAAGAAGGUUUACUGGUUGGUAUAUCAUCUGGUGCUAAUACAGCAGCUGCAAUUAAGUUGGCAAAGAGGCCAGAAAAUGCUGGCAAACUCAUAGUUGUAAUUUUUCCCAGUGCGGGUGAGCGUUACCUGUCGUCUGCAAUGUUUGAGUCCCUAAGGCAUGAUGCAGAAAACAUGCCCAUUGAUUGAUGCCAUUGUUAUCCUCAAUCACAAAUUCCUUGUACUUAGCAUUCCACUAUGAACUAUGUCUACCUCUGCCUUUUUCUUUGUAUUUUGUGUUCUAUGUUAUUCGGGUUUAAGAUAAAUAUUAAAUACGGGUACGUGUAUGACAUGUAUAAGCUCAAUUUUUUUUUCGUUUUUCUUUAAUUUCCAUAUUUGAAUAUUUGGAAGGUUGUCAAAGAAUCAUAUUUUUAUACCA